AUGGGUGUGACCACUCGGCUGCUUUUCUUAGCGGCGGCGCUGGCCUGCGCCUCCUCGCUCUCAAUUAGCUUGAGACAAAAUGCGGAGACUAUUUGUAUUGGCCAAGAGAACUUCCUACGUAUCGCCAACGUCGACAGCUGCCUGCACUAUUACCAAUGCUACUCCGGUCGAUCCUACCUCAUGCAAUGUCCUAUGGACACGUGGUUCAAUGAAGAAGAACAGAUUUGCGAUCGAUCAUCUCCACCAGAGGGUUGUGUAGCUGAACCUGAUCCUGAGCCUGAGCCUGAGUCUGAGCCAGAGCCUGAGUCAGAACCUGAACCUGAACCUGAACAAGAAUCCGAAGAAGAACUAGAGCAGGAGCCAGAAGAAGAGGAUGAAGAAGUGAUAGAAGAAGCUUCUGUGGAAUCACCAGAAAGUGAAACACAGGAACAAGAAAGUGAAGAACAGGACCUGAACGGCGAAGAAGAGGAUGAGAAUGAAGAAGAGUCAAAUGAUGAAGAUGGAUCGGAUGACGAGGAAGAAAAUGAAAUUGAAAACAAUAUGAGAAGAGCAUUAUUAAAUAAUCAACGUAAUCACGGACAUGAUCAUCAUGAUCAUGAUCAUGAUCAUCAUGAUCAUGAUCAUCAUGGUCAUGGUCAUCAUGAUCAUGGUCAUGAAAUUGAUGAAAUUGAUGGGUCUGGCAUAGAAGACAUUGAAGAAGAUGCCGUUGUAGGAUUUAUUAAAGCAAAUCGAUUAAGACAACAAGAAGAACUUGGAGAGGAACUUGAGGAGGAACCCGAAGAGUCAAAUGAUGAAGAUGGAUCGGAGGACGAGGAAGAAAAUGAAAUUGAAAACAAUAUGAGAAGAGCAUUAUUAAAUAAUCAACGUAAUCACGGACAUGAUCAUCAUGAUCAUGAUCAUCAUGAUCAUGAUCAUCAUGGUCAUGGUCAUCAUGGUCAUGGUCAUGAAAUUGAUGAAAUUGAUGGGUCUGGCAUAGAAGACAUUGAAGAAGAUGGCGUUGUAGGAUUUAUUAAAGCAAAUCGAUUAAGACAACAAGAAGAACUUGGAGAGGAACUUGAGGAGGAACCCGAAGAGGAACUUGAAGAAUUUGAAUAUAAGAGUAGUAAAGACAACAUUUUGAGAAGAUUACGUAGAUCUACUUUGAGACAAGAAAACGACGCUGAUGAUGAUGAAGAUGAUGGCGAUGAUGAUGAUAACGAUGGCGAUGACAAUGAAGACACUAAAAGACAGGAAGAAGUCGAAAAUGAUGACAGUGAUGAUGAUGAUGAUGAUGACGAUGGCGACGAUAAUGAUGAUGAUGAUAAUGAUGAAGUAGAAAGACAACGAAAAAGGCAAGAAGAAGUAGAUGAUGAUGACGAUGACGAAGAAACUGAUGAUGAUGAUAAAGAUGAAGUCGAACUUGCUAAGCGAUUACGCAGAUCACUCAGGCAAAAUGAGGAUUAUGGCGAAAAUGAUGAUGAUGAGAAUGAUGACGAUGAACAAGAAGAAAUAAAGAGAAGCCAGGAGGAAGUUAAAGAAGAAAAUGAUGAUAACGAUGACAACGAUCUAGAAGAACAAGAGGAAGCGGAGGAUGAUGGUGACGACGAAGAUGAUGAGAAUGAUGAUGAUGACGAUAACAUAGAUGAAGAAAAGAAGAAAAGACAGGAGGAAGUAGAAGAAGGCAAUGAUGAUGAUGAUAAGGAUGAUGACGAAGAUAAUGAUGAUGAUGAAAUUGCUACACGAUCACGCAAACGCAGACAAAAUGAAGAUGAUGAUGACGAAGAUAACGACGACGAUGAUAAUGAUGUUGAUGAUGAAAAUCAAUCAGAAGAAGCAAGGACAUUUUUCCAGAGGCUAGUUAGAAUAUUCGCU